AUGGAUGUGUGUACUAUUACAGGCAUGACGGCUCGGGGGAGGUUACGAGUUAGUCGAUCAAGCAGAUGGUGUUGGGUUCAAGGGGGCGGAAUGUAUAUGGCGACAAGGUUGGGGUGUAUCCAAAGGGAGAUGUGUGAAGGAGCUGUUUCGGGGCUCUGGGAGGAGGGAGAGGAUGGCGGAACACGGACGCAGAUGGGUAAGAGAGCAAGGGAGGUGGGGCUUGAAGAAGGGGUUCUUCUCCUGUGGAGGACCCUGGAUCUCGGGGGAGUUGGAGGUCGGAAGCUCGGAUCUGAAGGUCAGUCUCUUUCUGAGAACUCGGAGCAGAGGAGUUUGAUGAGAUGGGGGUGUGGAGGAAGUUCUGAGAGGAGAUAG